GGCGCUCACCAUGGCCCCGCCACUCCUGCUGCUGCUGCUGGCCAGUGGAGCGGCCGCCUGCCCGCUGCCCUGUGUCUGCCAGAACCUGUCCGAAUCGCUCAGCACCCUCUGUGCCCACCGAGGCCUGCUGUUUGUGCCACCCAACGUGGACCGCCGCACCGUGGAGCUGCGGCUGGCUGACAACUUCAUCCAGGCCUUGGGGCCGCCAGACUUUCGGAACAUGACGGGGCUGGUGGACCUGACACUUUCCCGGAAUGCCAUCACCCGCAUCGGGGCCCGCGCUUUUGGGGACCUGGAGAGCCUGCGUUCCCUGCAUCUGGACGGGAACAGGCUGGUUGAGCUGGGCACCGGCAGCCUGCGGGGCCCCGUCAACCUGCAGCACCUCAUCCUCAGUGGCAACCAGCUGGGUCGAAUCUCGCCCGGGGCCUUCGACGACUUCCUGGACAGCCUGGAGGACCUGGACUUGUCCUACAAUAACCUGCGGCAGGUGCCCUGGGCCGGCAUCGGUGCCAUGCCUGCCCUGCACACCCUCAACCUGGACCACAACCUCAUCGACGCACUGCCCCCGGGCGCCUUCGCCCAGCUCAGCCAGCUCUCCCGCCUCGACCUCACGUCCAACCGCCUGGCCACGCUGGCGCCAGACCCGCUCUUCUCCCGGGGGCGCGACGCGGAGGCCUCCCCCGCCCCCCUGGUGCUGAGCUUCAGCGGGAACCCCCUGCACUGCAACUGUGAGCUGCUGUGGCUGCGGAGGCUGGCGCGGCCCGACGACCUGGAGACGUGCGCCUCCCCGCCGGGCCUGGCUGGCCGCUACUUCUGGGCAGUGCCCGAGGGCGAGUUCUCCUGCGAGCCGCCCCUCAUUGCCCGCCACACGCAGCGCCUCUGGGUGCUGGAGGGCCAGCGGGCCACUCUGAGAUGCCGAGCCCUCGGUGACCCUGCGCCCACCAUGCACUGGGUCGGGCCCGAUGACCGCCUGGUCGGCAACUCCUCCCGAGCCCGGGCUUUCCCCAACGGGACCCUGGAGAUCGGGGUGACGGGCUCUGGGGACGCGGGGGGCUACACCUGCAUCGCCACCAACCCUGCCGGGGAGGCCACGGCCCGUGUGGAGCUACGGGUGCUGGCCUUGCCCCACGGUGGGAACGGCAGUGCUGAGGGGGGCCGCCCAGGGCCCUCGGACAUUGCCGCCUCGGCCCGCACUGCUGCCGAGGGCGAGGGGACACUGGAGUCUGAGCCAGCUGUGCAGGUGACAGAGGUGACUGCAACCUCAGGGCUGGUGAGCUGGGGGCCAGGGCGGCCAGCCGACCCCGUGUGGAUGUUCCAAAUCCAGUAUAACAGCAGCGAAGACGAGACCCUCAUCUACCGGAUCGUCCCGGCCUCCAGCCACCACUUCCUGCUGAAGCAUCUAGUCCCUGGUGCCGACUAUGACCUCUGCCUGCUGGCCCUGUCACCGGCCGCUGGGCCUUCCGACCUCACGGCCACCAGGCUGCUGGGCUGUGCCCACUUCUCCACGCUACCGGCUGCACCCCUGUGCCACGCCCUGCAGGCCCACGUGCUGGGCGGGACCCUGACCGUGGCCGUGGGGGGUGUGCUGGUGGCUGCCUUACUGGUCUUCACUGUGGCCUUGCUGGUUCGGGGCCGGGGAGCCGGGAAUGGCCGCCUCCCCCUCAAGCUUAGCCACGUCCAGUCCCAGACCAAUGGAGGCCCCAGCCCCACGCCCAAGGCCCACCCGCCGCGGAGCCCACCGCCUCGGCCCCAGCGCAGCUGCUCCCUGGACCUGGGAGACGCCGGCGGGUGCUACGGUUACGCCAGGCGCCUCGGAGGAGCCUGGGCCCGACGGAGCCACUCUGUGCAUGGGGGGCUGCUCGGGGCGGGGUGCCGGGGGGUGGGGGGCAGCACGGAGCAGCUGGAAGAGAGUGUGGUGUGAAGGGAACCCAGGGCAGGCUGGGAAGGGGCAGAGGGUGUGGGGCGGGCAGCCGCUGGGCCUGGUGGGUCGGCACUGCCUGGGAGUCCCUCCUGAUUUUACCCGCGGUACCUCAGGGCCCCGCUGUGCUUGGCCGGACAGGGGGCCCUCUCCCUGGUUCUGGCCUCCAGACCUGCGUUCCGCCGACAGGUGCUCACAGCCACCGAGGCAGGGGCUGCACCAACCGAGCAGAAAUCUUGUUUUUCUUUAUAAUAAAAUUAUUGGGUACACCUCA